AUGGCCCGGCGCUGGGCUCGCAAGGUGGAACGCUAUUGCUGCGCAUGCCUGACCUACUUUCCCCUGGCCUUCGUCUACGGACUCACGACAUGGGCUGUAUGGGUAAUCGUCAGGAUUGGCGGUGCCAGAAACAAAGUUAACUGGAUAGGCACGAAAUCCUCCAUUGGCGGUGUCCUGCUCUAUGCGCUGCUCAACUGGUGCUAUACCACGGCCGUCUUUACCGACCCGGGCAGCACGACGAAUGCCUACGGCUACUCGACACUCCCUACGAACGAACCGCCGAAUGCGACAUCCUUCACCGUCAAGUCUAAUGGCGAGAUGCGCUUCUGCAAGAAGUGCCAGGCCCGGAAGCCGGAUCGCGCGCACCACUGCAGCACCUGCCGAAGAUGUGUUCUGAAGAUGGACCACCACUGCCCUUGGCUCGCCACCUGCAUUGGUCUGCGCAACCAUAAGGCUUUCCUCCUGUUCCUCAUAUAUACGACCUUGUUCUGUUUCUACGCUUUCGCCGUCUCGGGCUCCUGGGUGUACUCAGAGCUGGUGGCCCAGACUCAAUAUGUCGACUCAUUCCUACCCGUCAACUACAUCAUGUUGGCUGUCAUCUCAGGUAUUAUCGGCCUGGUCGUAGGCGCAUUUACCGUUUGGCACAUAUUGCUUGCCAGCCGGGGUCAGACCACCAUCGAAUGUCUCGAGAAGACUAGAUACCUGGGGCCAUUGCGGAAGCAGAUGCAGCACCAAUUUGUUGCGCAACACAACGGGGAGGGUGUACCGCUUCCCAAGUACGGACAGCAGUUGUUGGAUAUUCACGCGAACGCGCUUCCUGGCGUUACCCGACCGGAGGAAGGAGAGGUUCGCAUCAGCGUCGACGGCGGCCACGAGGACCGCAUGCCCCCUAAUAUGUCGUACGAAGAUAUGGAGAGACAACGGGCCAGACGGCGGUAUGAAGAAUAUCUAGAUGAGCAGGAUUCGGAAAAGCUCCCAAAUGCGUUCGACCUUGGUGCAAAGAGGAACUUGCUGCACUUGUUCGGUCCUUCUGCUCUUCUCUGGUUCUUUCCCAUCAUCAACACAAGUGGAAAUGGUUGGUCGUGGGAGGCGAGUCCAAAAUGGGAACAGGCCCGAGAAAGGCUAGCCCGCGAGCGCGAUGAGCAAAGACAAAGGGAGCAGGCAGCGGGCUGGGGAAACGAGACGCCUCAGUUCGUCCGAAGCCCUGCGUACGCCCCUGAAGACGUGGGCGUGACCAGACAGUUUCUGGCGUCGCCAGUGCCCUCAGCCGGCCGGCGGACACCUUCAAAGGCCGAUCGAGUACUAGGCCGUGAUCCUAACCUGUAUGCAGAUGAGCCAUCGACAUCAGUAUCCAUGAGGAAGCUGACCCCUCACGGGGUCGAGAUGGAUGAUGACUAUGACACGAGCAGUGAUGAGGACCAGGCGGCGGCAGAACACAGAGCCAUGAACGUGGUUACCAACGGUCGCUGGGCAAGGAAUGGUGCGAGCGGCCUCCUAAGAAAGCCUACAAACUCGAGGCUCUCCCCGACGAGUGCGUCAGCACAGCACGACGACGAGGUAGACUGA